GUAGUUCAUGUCAUCUCAUUUGUUCCUUAAUUAUAGUCCUGGUGAGGUUUUUUAGAAUACCUUCGGACCAUUAAUUCACCUUGUCAUCGUUGCCAAAAAUAGUUAUAGGAUUUCAACUGAGAUUUGUUCCGGUGGCACGCCAAUUUUCUGAUCCCUAUACGAUUAAGCAACCGAUGUUUCUGCAAGGUAGUGCACUUCCCCAUGUUAUCAGUAAUAUAGAAAAGAAACAAGAUUUAGCCAGAAACGUGGUUCCGGAUUUAUAAAAGAUUAUCUUUAUUAUUUCAUGGAGACCAUUCAACAUUUACACACAGGAUCUGCAACUCAAGGCAGCCGUUUCCUUAUACUGCACCGGAGCAAAAACCUUUAAUUCUUAAAUUAGUCGACAGUAAUUACGCUUAGCUGUUUCGAGUCCUACAUUUUUUAACCAACAAACAUUCAUUUUAGCCAACAACAAACCGGUGGCACCAAUAAGUGAAGUUAAUCUUUCUUUGUAGGAAAUAAAGUUUCAAUUCAAUAAUAAGUUUGACAAGAAAUUUAUUUCGAAAACUAUUCAUUUUCAAUUUCAAAUAUACUUGCUCAUCUUAUUUAUUCAACUCAAAUUUCAAACUGCUUUAUUUUGAAAGCAGAUCAAAGUUGAAGAACUGCUUAUUACCAACUAAGAUAACAGUGAGUAUUACACAUCAACGGCUAACUCCGUACAUACCAUACGCACAUAACAGCCAUCGACCCUUCGCAACAUCAGAACGAACACUCUUUAAUCGAUAAUGAGCUCGGCGCCGGAUACCACUAACAGCACCUCUGGAGCGGGUAGCAUCAGAUCUCUCUACUCGGACACGGGGAGAUACCUGCAGUCGUUCGGGGCAUUUCUCAAGGACUCCGAUGAACACGAAGCAAUCAUCAACUGGAUCAAGACGUACAUGGAUGAGAUGAUAGUGCACCUAGGAGGGAAGAAAGACCUGAGACUGAUGAGUGUGGGCUGCGGAGACGGACAGGUGGACUUAGUGGUGAUUGAGAAGCUGCGCAAUGCACACUUCCAAAACAUACACGUCACCCUGAUAGACCCAAGUGGCGAGCAAACUGACAGAUGCCGAACACUUCUUCAAAGCUUGACUACUUCUGAAGAAGGACAGGCUCAAGUCACGUUGACCUUCAAAACUACCUCCUUUGAGGACUACAUAGCGACAUUUGAGGCCUCAGGAGAAGCGCUUCCAAAGUACGAUAUGGUUUACCUGGUGCAGAUGUUGUACUACGUCAAGAACCCCUUCAGCGUGCUGGAGAACUCUAUCAAGUCUCUGGAAGGCACCGGGAGGUUGUUCCUGAUCCAUGUGUCAGGACACAGCGGAUACGCAAAGGUCUGGAAAAAGUUCGGUCCUCGUCUUCCACAAGACGACAACUGCAACUACACAACAGCAGAUGACAUCCGCAAGCUGUGCGACCAGUUGGGAGACCACGUCCACGUUGACCAGACCGAAAUCGAGUCCACUUUCAACAUCGGAUCCGACUUGAGGACAUCACUGACCGGACAGCUGGCGGUCGAUUUCAUAGUUGAAGCUGCAGAAUUUGUCGAAAAGGCACCUGAGCCGCUGAAAAGCGAAGUUCUCGACUUGAUAGCGUCGGACGAGUGCACAAAGAAAAACGAAAAAGGCGAGAUGAGUUUCAACAACAAUCUCAGCGCUAUAACAAUGUACGUUCGUUAGAUGCCUGAUGCACGUUGGUAACGAAUACAGUCACUGCAGAAUGCGGAACUCUACUUUAUAGCCUGAUUAUUAAUUGUAUUUGAAUGGUCUCUAAUUUGCGGCUGAUAACUUAUAAAGGUCGUUUGUACGUAAUUAAAAUGUAAGCAAAGUUAACAAACUUCUAUGUAAAUAUGCUCGAAUAGUUGUAUGCAAAAAUUACACCACUAGCAAUUGAUAUGUCAAUUCCUGGUUUG